CCAGUCAUUCUUAAAGCGUUGUUGACGUCUCUUCCGGAUGAAAAAUGGCUGCGAUGUUUACGUGUUGUUUGGGCUGCUGCGGCGACGGAGGCUCGGGACAUAUUCCCCUCAAAGAAAUGCCCACGGUUCAGCUUGACACUCACCACAUGGGCACCGACGUUGUCAUUGUAAAGAGUGGACGGCGGAUAUGUGGCACCGGUGGUUGUCUGGCUAAUGCCCCUCUGCAUCAGAACAAAAGUUAUUUUGAGUUCAAGAUCCAGUCCACUGGUGUAUGGGGAGUAGGCGUGGCCACUCACAAAGUGAAUCUUAAUCAAGUACCUAUGGGCAGAGACACAAACAGUCUUGUUCUGAGGCAUGAUGGGUCUGUUUACCAUAAUAAUGAAGAGAAGAACCGUCUACCUGCAAACAGUCUUCCUCAGGAGGGAGACAUUGUGGGUCUCACGUAUGACCAUGUGGAGCUGAAUUUAUAUCUGAAUGGGAAAAACAUGCACUGUCCUGCCUCAGGGAUCCGAGGGACAGUAUACCCUGUUGUUUAUGUUGAUGACAGCGCCAUCUUAGACUGCCAGUUUACUGACUUCUAUCACACACCUCCACAAGGAUUCGAGAAGAUCCUGUUUGAGCAGCAAAUCUUCUGAAGCAGCACUUCAGAACCCCAGCCUGCAGUUAGCUUCUCCAGUGUGUUAUUGCAGGCUGUGUGACACUACAGUGUGAUCUUGAUUGGAUGAUGUCGUUAUGUGCAUUUUGAAUGCCUCUGUUUGGUUUUCCUGUGAUUGCUCCGAAUGUCCCGUGGAUUCCUGAUGGUGGGUCGAUAAGACUGCUUAACGUUUAAAGCGAAACCAUUUUCAUCUACGUGUCCGUCUCAUGUGGAUUUUCAUUUUUUCAGGAUCACAAGCCAUAUUUUAUUGACCAAACUUCAUAUUAGGUUUCUGAUUUAGAAAUUUGGACUGUAUAUGGUUUAUCAUACAUUUAGUCAUUUAUUUGGUUCACAGAGUAAUGUGACCCCCCCCCCCCCCCCAUCAUAAUUGAUACCUGGUUAUGUCUUGCCUUAUUUUAUUUGCUGACACAUAUAGAAAUGUAUUGAACCUAUAUCUUCUACACCAGACUCUACAAAUAAAAACAAUGUACAA